UGAUGUUGAAAUUCCGGGAGGAUAAGAUUUGAGGAUUGGAAUCCCUAAUUGGAGGUUUAAUGCCUUCUGAUACAUAUCUAUUGGAAGAAAAUAGAGCUCUAUCAAAAGAGAUUGAGUUGCUUCGAGCUGGAAUUGAUAAGAACCCAGAAGUGACUCGUUUUGCAAUGGAGAAUAUCAGGCUUCUAGAUCAACUUAGGAGAUCUACCUUGCCUUUACUGUUGGAGUAAGUGGCUGAUUGCUUGAUGAUUUGAAGCCGGCGCCUCUCCUUCUAUUUUACUCUACCUAUAUGAUGGCGGUCAGGUAUCAAGACUUCUAUGGAGAAGGGGAGAGAGAACUCCUUCUGGAUGAAGUAUCUGAAUUACGGGAUCAGAUGGUUCAAUUCCUUGAUGGGAAAAUUUCAAGGCAAGACCAAGAUAUGAGUAUUUUAACUCAGGAAGCUGGAAUAAUUAGCAGAGAUGACUCGUUCCAUUUGGAGUUGGAAAACACACACAAAGAGUUAGAAGACUGCAGGAGUAAGCUAAAAUCUUGCAUGGCGAUCAAUGCAAAACUCACAAGUCAUUUGAUAGUGCACUUUGUAGAAUAAAAUAUUUAGAGAUGCAUCCUAUUAGUACGGGAUAUAGACUGCAGAGAUCUGUCAGCAUUGCAGAGAGUUUGAUGUUCUGCAUGCUCAAUUUAAGAACCUCAGACCUGCACCCAUUGAUCCAGAUGCU